AUGCGCUUUGCCCUGUUCACCGUGGUGCUCCCGCUUGCAGCGGCCAUCCCACCAAAACCGGCAGGCGUAAAGGAUGCCGUUUCCCAAAAUCGGACAAACUUGGAGGCCAAUGUUUCCGUAACCCUGACAGGUCGGGAGGGUGAGCUUCCCAAAAACCUUACAUAUGAAGGGGAAACUAUAGCAGUGGAACAAGUUGAUGCUGUUGACCAUGUGAUAUCACGACGGUACAAUCCAGGCAGUUGGCAAGAGUGGCUAAACCGGAAUCAAUGGCGGUCUGGAAAUCGGGGUCAGUCGCAAGGUUCGAGAAACAACGGCGGCUGGGAGCCUCAGGGGGGUCAGAGCGGCCAGAAUUCUAGAUCCUGGGGCGGCAGGGGGGAGGUCUUGACCUUCGCCGGCAACUCGGAUGUCGACUACGAGGCGUUCAAACAACUAACCCUCAACUUACACAACAUGGCCCGACAAAAGCAUCCAGACACCGGCCCGCUAAGCUGGAACGAAGACUUAGCCGAAGACGCACGGAAAUAUUCUGCCGGCUGUGUCUAUAAACAUGGUCAUUCUGAUCUUGGGUCAGGCAAAAGAUGGGGCCAGAACAUUGCCUCUUCUCAUACCGUCUGGAAGUGGACUAGCGGACCGAAUGCUGGACAGCUUGUGCCCCUAACGGAUGAUCAGAAAAGGCCAUUUUACAAUGCCAACGAACAGAUGAAAAGAAGCUUCACGCACUGGUGGGAUUGGGAAAGGUUUCUUUAUAACUGGUGGGAUACUGCCAACGCAGCAUCGCCACUUCAAACUUUCUCAGGCAAUGGGAAGGAUACCAUGGACUCGCUACGGUCGAAAUAUCCCGGGGAAAAGAUACCAGCUCAAGUCGGACAUUUCACCCAGAUUGUCUGGAGGGAUACCACCGAGGUUGGCUGCUCCGUGACAGUGUGCCAGCCAGUCGAUGGGGUUUCAUUCAACCAAAUUGGCGCGUAUACUGUUUGCAACUAUGCCGAAGCAGGUGAGCUACGGAACCCCCUUGGAGUGUCUUCUCCAAUUGCUUCGUCCUUGCUCUAA